UUCUGCGUGUGUGUUUGGUAGUGCGGGAGAAAUUAAACUUACGAAACAUUACAAAAGAUAUACAUAUAGCUGUCCCUUGUUGUAACGGUCAGUUUCCCUAAAGCCUUCAACUAUGAUCGGUUGUAGAGCUAAACAUUUUCAGUCAUUGUCAAUUGUGUUGUUGAAAUAAUCUUUGUGAUGUACUGUGUCGUAUAAUGAUUCAGUAUUAAUAUUAGUGUUAUUUUGUUAAUUUAACACCAAGUCAAGUAAUUUCAACGAGUCGAUGGAACAAAAGGAUAGCUAAUGCUCCAAAACACCACUACAAAUAAAAAUUUAAAAUAAAAUGCAAAAAGAAAGAGAGCAAAUUAUAUAAAGUAGGUUAGAUGAUGCGCAUUGACGAUUGCAAAAAGUCACAUUUGUUUUUAUAUACACUUUUACACUACUUCGAGGUCAUUGGUCAAGAACAACGAUUAUUUACACCUUUUACAAAUUGAACAAAGAAAAAAUAAUAGCUUCGGUAGCUUUUGUUCAGACUAACAAUACGAAUUUUUUUAAAUUAGUAUGAUAAAUCUGGAAGAGACGCCAUGGAAAAGACGAAUCUUCAACCUAUUAUUACUUUUGGUAUUAACAACUAUUCUAGAUGGAAUUUCAGGAGCCGUUAUAAAUGACAGAGCAACGGAAAUCGAAAACACAAAUUGGACUCAACUAGCGGAUGAGAUUCUUUCAGAAGAAUUACUCAUAGCGAAACAAAAGUUUCGAGAUCGAUUGUCUCCAAUAUUGGCAUCGAGUGGUGUGACAAGAGAAUUACCACCAACUGCUGCACCUGAGAAUGAAAAGGUCGUUAUUGUUGACGUUAAUGGAAUGCCCGUUGAUCAAUUAGCAAAGGUAAAUUAUUCACGAAUGUUAUGGGACAUGGAAAAUACACAAUCAAGUGGUCAUUUUUCACUAUUUGUGGAUAAAGCAAUUAAAUUAUUAGACUUGCAACAAGUUAUGAUUGAAGUAGAAACUUCCGUAAUGUCAAAAGUAUCAUGUACAGCUUGCAAAGCUGGAGCUGGACUUUUACAAUAUUAUAUUAAACAUGGAAAAAGUGAUGAAGAUAUUAUGAAAAAUAUCUAUCGAUUUUGUGUAUCAUUACGCAUACAAAGUUCAAGAGUAUGUCAUGGAGUUACUCUGCUUUUUGGGGGAGAAGUAAUUCACGUUUUAAAACAAGUGAAUAUGGAGCCAGCUCAAAUAUGUAGUUUUGUAAUUGGUGAUGCAUGUGAUGAUGCAUAUAAUCCUCAACAUGAAUGGGAAGUAGCUUUUCCACCUGUAAAUAAACCGCCAAUUCAACCACCAAAUCCACCAAUUGAUAAUGCUCCUACGUUUAAAGUACUACAUAUUUCGGACACUCAUUAUGAUCCUUAUUAUCAUGAAGGUGCUAAUGCACAGUGUAAUGAGCCUUUGUGUUGUCGUUUAACAAAUGGACUAGCACAUGAACCAGGAGCAGCAGCUGGACGAUGGGGUGAUUAUAGAAAGUGUGAUACGCCAAAACGAACAGUGGACCAUAUGUUGAAUCAUAUUAAACAGACCCAUUCCGAUAUAGAUUAUAUUUUAUGGACAGGUGAUUUACCACCUCACGACAUUUGGAAUCAAACUCGAGAGGAAAAUUUGAAAAUUCUCAGAGAUACUGUUGUUCAAAUGGCUGAAACAUUCCCAGGAAUACCAAUAUUUCCAGCACUCGGAAACCACGAGUCGGCUCCAGUUAAUAGUUUUCCACCACCUUCGAGUACUCCUGACGAAGACAGUAGUAUUUCAUGGCUUUACAAUGAAUUAGAUAAACAAUGGAGACGUUGGUUACCCGCGGGCGUGUCUCAUACUGUUCGACGUGGUGCAUUUUAUUCAGUGCUAGUUCGUCCAGGAUUUCGUAUUAUUUCAGUAAACAUGAAUUACUGUAAUAACAAAAAUUGGUGGCUCUUGAUAAAUAGCACCGAUCCUGUUAGUGAAUUACAAUGGUUGGUGUAUGAACUCCAAGGAGCUGAAAUGAACGGAGAAAAAGUUCAUAUAAUCGGUCAUAUACCACCUGGUCAUUCUGAUUGUUUAAAAAUAUGGUCAAGAAAUUACUAUCACAUAAUCAAUCGUUAUGAAUCAACUAUAACGGCACAAUUUUUCGGACAUACGCAUUACGAUGAAUUUCAAUUGUUCUAUGACAUUUCAGACUUUAGUAGAGCAUUGAGUAUUGCUUAUGUCGGGCCUUCUGUCUCGCCUUAUUAUGAUUUAAAUCCAGGUUAUAGAAUAUAUUACGUUGAUGGAGAUCAUUCAGAAACAACAAGAUUAGUUGUUGAUCAUGAAAGUUGGGUGAUGAAUCUCAAGGAAGCUAAUCUUUAUGAUUAUCCUAUUUGGCGAAAAAUGUACAGUGCACGUCAGGCAUAUCAGAUGUCAUCAUUAUUACCGAAAGAUUGGGAUGCUUUUAUUGAUAAAAUGACGAAUGAGCCAUCGAACUUUGAUCUUUAUUACAAGCAUUAUUAUAAAAACUCACCUGUUAGACCAGCUUGUAACAAUGAUUGUCGGAAAAGAUUGCUUUGUGAUCUUCGUAGUGGUCGUAGUCAUGAUCGAAAAAUGUUAUGUCAAACUCUAGAAUCUCGAAUCGAUGGAAUAUCAACAAGUAGCUGGCGGGAAUGGAUAUACAAUGGUUUAAAAUUAUCAAUGUCAGUAGUAAUGGCGAUUCCACGAUUUGCAUACAAUUUGCCAAAAUACGUACUAGGUCUUGGCUGACAAGCUUGUAAUCUAUUUUCAAUUUACUAUGACCGCCAUAAUCAGUUUAAUCACCAUGAUGGCUAUAUAAAAAAAUUAUAAAUAGUGUACAUAUAAUUUAUAAUAUUUGUUGAUAUUUUUAGACAUAAACUAUUAGUUUUCUACGUUAAGAUCAUGUUGAUUGUUAUAAGAAUGAUGUAUUAUAUAGCAUUUU